AUGAAGACGCCGUGGCUUCUCGAUCUAACGGCGGCGAUGGUUCUUCUCGUCUUUGUAGCCUCAUCUAUGCCGCUUGUCUCAAGCGAUCCAGGGCAGAGAGUCAGCAUGACACUGGUUCGAGGGGCUGCUGCUCUUGGUGCGUUUUGCUUGGACGGUAGCUUACCGGCAUAUCAUUUAGACAGAGGCUUCGGCGCUGGAUCAAACAAUUGGCUUUUGCAGUUUGAGGGAGGAGGAUGGUGCAAUGAUAUAGCAUCAUGCGUGGAUAGAUCAAAGACCCGUCGAGGGUCGACACGUUUUAUGAGCAAAACCGCCGUCUUCACUGGAAUCUUGAGCAAUAACGCCUCUUUAAAUCCAGAUUUUUACAACUGGAAUAAAGUCAGGCUGAGGUAUUGCGAUGGAGCUUCGUUUGCGGGAGAUGCACAAUUUCGCAACGGGACGUCAAUGCUUUAUUUCAGAGGUCAACGAAUAUGGAAGGCCAUCAUUCUUGACCUUCUACCCAAAGGUUUAGCAAAAGCUCGCAAGGCUCUUCUGACCGGUUGUUCAGCUGGUGGGUUAUCAACGUUUUUGCAUUGUGACAACUUCAAGAACUAUCUUCCAAAAACCGCAAACGUUAAGUGCAUGAGCGACGCUGGAUUCUUUCUUGACGCAAUCGAUGUAGCAUCAAACCGGACAAUGAGAUCUUUCUACACUAAGCUUGUGUCUCUCCAGGGUAUACAAAAGAACCUUGAUCCAAACUGCACACGAGCGUUCUAUCCUGAACCAUCUCUGUGUUUUUUCCCACAAUAUGCAUUGAGAUUCAUUAAAACACCAAUGUUCAUCUUAAAUUCAGCAUACGAUGUAUUCCAGUUCCAUCAUGGGCUUGUACCACCUUCAGCGGACCGGACCAAGCGUUGGAACCAUUGCAAGCUUAAUGUGACAGCAUGUAAUCCGCACCAGCUCGAUGCACUCCAAGGGUUUAGGACGGACAUGUUGGGAGCAUUAAUCAAUUUUUUUAGAAAUUCUACGAGAGGUGGAAUGUUUAUAAACUCAUGCUUCGAUCAUUGUCAGAGUGCUUUACAAGAAACUUGGCUAUCUCCCACUUCACCGAGGAUCCACAAUAAGACAAUUGCUAGGACGGUCGGAGAUUGGUAUUUUGGGAGACGAAAGGAAGUGAAAGAAAUAGGUUGCCCAUAUCCAUGUGAUAAAACAUGUCAUAAUCUCAUUCCAGCUUCUACUACAGCAGAUUCUUUGGCAAUGUUUCUAUUGGGCUAA